GGAAACAUACCUCAAAGCCGUUGCACACCGUAGCAAAACGAUGCAAACCGUUUUGAGAUUGAACGUGCCCCUAAAGUCACCUACCGAAAUGUCUUCCGUGUCAGAACAGCAUCCGAGCUGACAUCGUUCUCUAAAUAAGCUACAUCCAUGGCUGACAUGGCCACUCUACACUAUCUAAACGCUUUCAUUUCUGAGCGGCUGACAGCGGCGGCUGUGGAGAUUUUUGGGGCGGUGGAGAAAACGUUGACAGAGUACCAGGGAGAAAUCAGCCGAUCCAAGCAGGAGAUAGAUCACCUGAAAACACUGGUGCUCUGGCCUCAAGUCAAAUUACAUAGAUCAGUCUCGUCCCUACAUGCACUCUCAUGUCAUUCAGCAGCUCAUCAGGUCAGUGCUCUCUGCUGUGAUAAGGAGGCUCCUCCUGAGUGCUGCCCCCCAGAUGUGAGCCUGAGCACCCUGCAUAUUAAAGAUGAGCAAGACAAGGGGGCUGAUCAGCAAGGACUGCCCUGUAGGCAGCAGGGCGUUAACACUGUGUCUCCUCAGUUUGUGAAAAGAGAAGAUCUCGAGGAGCCGCCCUCAGACUUCUGCAGAACAUUGGCUGUUGAGCAGACAGCAGAUAUUAAAGCCGAGCCUGAUGGCGACGAGUUAAUAACAUCUCCAUCAACCAGUGAGGCUGAGAUCCCCUGUGGGAUAAAUCCAGAGUCGUCUGGACUUCAGCUAGAAGCCUUGAAAGAUCCGCUUGAGAUCACUCAUCAUGGGCGGGAUGGGCUUGAUGGGCAGCAGUACGCUGAACAAGACUGGAGCCCCAAUCAGGACCACAAGGACUCUGAUCCCCCUCAGAUAAAAGAGGAAAAGUUUCCAUCAGAUAGUCCUCAGGAAGUUACUGACCACUACUAUGAACUCCCUCUUCAGUCAGAGAGCAGUUAUGAUGAGCCUAAUUCUCCAAGCCCCAGCCACGGUCAGACUCGGAACAACAAAACAUUUUACACAGCGGAGAAAAAGAGAAGAGCUGUUGAAGGAGAAGGCUGCAAACUGUCCGUACUGACAGUUCCUCAGCCCUCCUACUACUUCAAUUUAGACAAUACUUCUCAACGUGAAUACGGAGAGAAUACAGAAGGUGUGGUGAAUGGAGAAUGGAUUAAGAACUUCACACCAACAGGAACGAGGCAAAAGAAAAAACACAACUCCAACUUGCGCAGUAGGAAAAGAGACAGUAUUGGAGUGAAAGAAGACAUGAAUGAUCUGACCAGGGAGAGAAGACAUACUUGUCCCAUCUGUGCCAAACGUUUUAAGGAAUCGGGCCAUUUGAGGGAUCAUGUGAGAAUCCACACAGGAGAGAAGCCGUUCCAGUGUAAGGAAUGUGGCAUGAACUUUAGACAGAGUGGAACUUUGACUUUGCACAUGAGAAUCCACACGGGGGAACGGCCAUACCAGUGCAGCGACUGUGGUCGGCGCUUCAAUCGAAAAGGCGACAUGAAGACUCACAGGAUGACGCACACGGGGGAAAGACCCCAUCUGUGCGUGUUGUGUGGGAAAAGCUUUAAAAGGAAGAGCAACUUAAACACACAUCUAAAGAUCCAUUCAGAGGACAAAAUGGAUUACACUCAACCGUUGUGAUAGUUUAAAUACUGUUUGAAUCAUUCAGAUAGUAACCAUCAGGAAAACAUGGAUUGUCAGAGACUUUAAUAUAGACUGUAUAAUAUAAGAUCAUUUUUAUCAUCCUAGCGGCAAAAUUUUUUAUAUGUUACGUUGAUGGGCCUCUACAAAUUUAACAUUAAAUACAUUUAAGACAAUGUAAAUAUUAGUUUUGCACUUUCAUUUUCUCACUUGGUCUAGACAUGCUAAUUAUUGAAGCUAGGCUCUAUUCAUUAGGAUGUGUUUUGUUUUUAUUUCAAGUGAGGAUGAUGGUUGGCUUCAUGUUAUUGACAGGAUGUAUAAAACGGCUACAGGCCAAGUGAUAAAACAAAAAAAACAAAAAAAU